AUGAAAUUCCCGCGCGGUAUUUUCCUAGUGAUCAUUCUUGUUUUCUACAUUUUGACUCCUUAUAUUGAAGCAGUCGAAGUUGAUGGACCAACAGAAGCAUUGAUUAGGAGUAUUUGCGUAGAAAACGAAGAUUAUGGAUUUUGUUAUAAAAUCAUCCAUGAAAAAUUGAAGGCACCAACAGCUACUCUCAAAGAACUUACCGCUCUCAUAUUACACACCGCUAUAGAUCAGGCCAAUGAUACUUACAUUUUCAUUGAUAAUAUCUUCCAUGAGUGGCCCGGUCCUAAGGAGAAGACUGGUCUCAAGACUUGUCAUGCAGUUUUUAAUAGAGAGAUCACUAGUUUCUUAGAAAUUCGCUUUCUAUUUUCAAAAAAGGAGUACGAACAUAUGGUUAAAACCAUUUUGUCUACAGCUAAGAUCUUAGAUGGUUGUAAGACCGAUUUACUUAUUCCUCCUUACAGAAAUCUUCUAACUGAGAAGAAGAGAGUUAUGAGAAUAUUGAUCACCAUGUCUGCCGUUUCCGGAUACAUGGUAAAAAAUGGAAAAGCAUCCUUGCUUGGAUCAAUAGUUACUCCGCAGUAUUUCAUUUAUUAA